AUGCGGUGUCAACGGUCGCGGAUUCGCUGGCUCCUCGACAGCCUACUCGUGCACUACAAGACCGGCUUGCAAGGAUGCAGAGGCGCGAAACUGCUGGCCGUUGCGGGCACCAUGGAUUACAUAUCCAUUUCGACGGCGUGCUUUGCGACCAACAAUGCGAUUUCGAAAACGUCCCCAACCCUACGAAGCUUCAUCCGGGAGGUCAGAGAGGCACGGGCAGAGCUCGACGCCGUCCUCGCCGAACUGCAUUCCCUGGAUGGCGUCCUCGACAUCCUGAAAGAUGACGCCUCCAGCUUUCCCGAGGCAUUGGCCAAGCGGACUCCGCCCUUGCUGGAACAUUGCACAAGCAUAGUGCACCAGAUUGAAGGAUAUAUGCACGUCUGCAAUGGGCUGGGGCUCUCGGCGAGGGACAAGAAAUACAGAUGGAUGGCCAUACGGGGAGACAUGGAGAAGCUGAGGCUGACGCUGGAGGGAUACAAAUCCACUCUGGCCGUGGUGACAGACCUCGUUGGAUUGACCAAAACCAAGAGGGACAACGACCGGCUGUCCAUCGACAGCGACGCAUCCGGGUAUCGCGACACAAUCGAGCGGCAGGCGUCGGUCAACGAUGACAUCAAGAGCGACCUCACGCGUGUCAUGGGCAAUAUGGGUGGCCUCCGGGCGAGGCUGCAGGCCGAGUUCGGGUCCAUCUACGCCGUGUCCGACAUCGAGAAGUAUCUGGACGCGAUGCAGCUGCAGGCGACAAACCUUGGUUACAGGCUGGAGGCGGAGAGAUUGGAGGCACGGCCGCCCCCACGACAGGCCCAGGCACACGCACGUGGAGCAGCAGGAGAUCGCGAAGAUCGUCAUACGCACAGUGGGUCCUCGUCGGUGGGUGACGCACCAGACAGCGCCAUCGACAUGAACGACGGGCCCCCGAGCCCGUACCGUCGCCACUCCAAGGACGAGCCUGAUUCGCCCCCUGGCCGGCGCCUGCGGCACGACAAGUCGCUACCGAGCUUGCCUCGCCUGCCAGCGCUGCCCAUUGUCGAGAUAGACGAGUUCAUCGACGAGAUCGACGGGCUCGGGGACCUCCCUGAGCCCUCUUCUUCCUCGUCUGCUGCCGCCGCGCGCGCACCCACCCCACCGCCAAAGGCCGUUGCACGGUCCAAUUCCAUGGUUCAUGUUUCGUCCCUCUCGCCCUGGACCGGUCACAUCCCAGGGCUCUCCAGGCCCUCGUCGGUCCGCAGCGUCAGCGACUACGGCGUCCUCGAUUCGGAAGGCAACCCCGUCGUGCCCCGGCGCAUGAGCUCGCUCCGCAGCCUUCCUCGGUCUGACGGCGAUGCUCUGUCGACAGUGGGCAGUCUGAGGGGAAUCCGACCACCGAGAAGUGAGAGCAGCUUCAGCAUGUAUUCGUCCGCAGGCACAGUCACCACCACCAUCGUGGGCGGGCCCCGGGCACAAGAUCCCCAUCCCGUCAUUGGUUCGAGAUCAAACAAGACAAGCAUCAACAACGACAACAGCAACAGCCGGCCUGGUCGACGGCUCUUUGGCCGACGCAGCUCGUUCAGUGUCCCUGGCCUACCCACGAGGCCUGGCACGAGCAACAAUGCCGCCGGCUCCGGCAAGGCUCACAUACUCUCUGCCCUCGCAGGCCCGGGCAAUGCUCUCGCCAUCCCGGCUGCCAGGGCCGACGCCACCCCACAAUCAUACGCACACUCACCCCCAGCGCCACCAUCACCACCCACGCCACGAGCUCACCACCGUGCGAACCCGUCGGUCGACACGACCGCCACCAAUGCCACCUCGGCCAGCGGCUCCAAGGGCCUGCGCCCCUCGACCGCCGUCUCCUCCACGGGCGCGAGCAUCCGCAGCAACUCGUCGAGGCUCUCGUCCAUGUUCAGGAGGGUGAGCGUCUGGUCGCCCAGGAUCACGGCCGAGGCCGCGCCAGAGGAGCCCGAGCCGGACGACAUCUUCGGGGUCUCCCUCAAGAAGAGCAUGCAGAUGGCCACCGCGACGGUCAAGACGCACCACGACGGGUCCAAGGGCUCCUCGCGGCGGGACUUCCCGCGCUGCGUGCUGUCGUGCGUGAGCUUCAUCAAGGAGAACGGCGGCGUGCAAGCCCCGCACAUCUUCGGCGGCGAGAUGGCAGGCGGUGAGUCGAUGGUUCGCGUCGCGUCACUCAAGGAGGGGUUCAGCACGGCGCCCUACUACGGCGAGGGCAACAUCGACUGGGCCGCCUACGACGUCUACGACGCCGCCGAGCUCAUCGUGCUCUUCCUGCAGCAGCUGCCCAAGCCGCUCGUCACCGAGGCCGUCGCCAAGCGCUGGAUCGUCCUGUCCAAGCAGGCCACCGUGCCCAACCACCUGCGCCUCGACCACUGCAUCGACUUCUGGGACGAGGCCCUGCUCGGCAUCCGCGGCGCCGCCCGCAGCCUGUUCAAGCUGCUGCUCAACCUGUGGGGCGACGUCGCCGACGCCGCCGAGGUCAACGAGAUGACUGCCGAGCGGCUGGCGGCGAGGAUGUUGAACCCGCUCAUGCACCUGCCCGCUGGCAAGUACACGACUGAUUUCAUGCUCGGGCUGGCGUUCCUCAUCCGCAAGAGGAGCGAGUACAGCGUCAUGCUCCGGGAUGGGAGGAAGAGCAAGGCGGCUUUCUGA